UAUUUUCUUUUGCUUUUUGUUUUUGAAUUUACCCAGGAGGCCAGGACAGAGUGAGCACAGAUAGAAUCAACCCCAAAAUCGUUCCACCUCUCUCUCUGGCAGUAAAAAAUUGGGGAAAUGUUAUUUGAAAUCGAGGGGAGAAGAAGCAAGCAAGGGAGAUAGUUGGCGAGACACAGCACACUAACUCUAAUGGCGUCCUCCGCUGCCAGCAGAAAUGGCGCUCCCAGAGGAGGCGGCGGCGCCAGGUCCCUCGCUGGCGGCAAUCUAAGGUCAUCUUCCUACAAAUCAAGGCCCUCUCAGCUGCCAGGAUCCACUCUCCGCCGCAGCAGCACUGGUUCCUUCGCGGCCGCCGGAGAUGAUGGCGUACCGGGAAGAGUUCGAGUGGCUGUGAGGUUGCGGCCAAGGAAUGCCGAGGAGAUGGUAGCUGAUGCUGACUUUGCUGAUUGCGUGGAAGUCCAGCCAGAGUUGAAAAGGUUGAAACUGAGGAAGAACAAUUGGGACUCAGACACGUACGAGUUUGACGAGGUCCUUACUGAAUUCGCAUCCCAGAAGCGGGUCUAUGAAGUCGUUGCAAAGCCUGUUGUCGAGAGCGUCCUGGAUGGUUACAAUGGGACUGUCAUGGCCUACGGACAGACUGGCACAGGGAAGACGUUCACUGUUGGACACCUUGGAGAUGGCGACACAGCUUCUCGUGGGAUCAUGGUUCGUGCAAUGGAGGAUAUUCUGGCAGACGUUGCUCCAGAGACUGACUCCGUCUCUGUCUCAUACUUGCAGCUUUACAUGGAGGCAAUCCAGGACCUCCUCGAUCCCACAAAUGAUAAUAUUUCCAUUGUAGAAGAUCCUAAAACUGGCGAUGUUUCGCUUCCUGGGGCUACUCUUUUAGAAAUCAGAGACCAGCAGAGUUUUGUGGAGCUUCUAAGCAUAGGGGAAGCUCAUAGAAUUGCUGCCAACACAAAGUUGAAUACUGAAUCUUCUCGCAGUCAUGCCAUUCUGAUGGUUCAUGUUAAAAGGUCAGUUGUGAGUCAGGAUGAUACUCUUUCAAUUGAAAAUGGUAACUCUUCUCACUUUGUGAAACCUUUAAGGCCACUCAUCCGGAAGAGCAAAUUGGUUCUAGUUGAUCUGGCAGGCUCAGAGCGUGUUCACAAGUCAGGAAGUGAGGGGCAUAUGUUAGAGGAAGCCAAAUCUAUCAAUCUCUCACUGAGUGCACUAGGGAAAUGCAUAAAUGCACUAGCAGAGAAUUGUGCGCAUGUACCAGUUCGUGAUUCAAAACUUACAAGGUUGCUGAAGGAUUCAUUUGGAGGCACAGCUAGAACCUCGUUAAUUGUCACAAUCGGCCCUUCCCCACGCCAUCGAGGAGAGACUGCAAGUACCAUACAAUUUGGGCAAAGGGCUAUGAAGGUGGAAAAUAUGUUGAAAAUAAAGGAGGAAUUUGAUUAUAAGAGUCUGUCCAGAAAGCUUGAGAUACAAGUGGACAAGCUUAUUGCAGAGAAUGAAAGGCAGCAGAAAGCUUAUGAAUAUGAACUCGAACGAAUGAAUCAAGAAGCUCAAAAUCGUAUUGCUGAGGUUGAAAGGAAUUUCGCUGAAGCAUUAGAGAAGGAAAGGCUCAAAUGCCAGAUGGAAUAUAUGGAAUCAGUGAAGAAAUUGGAGGAAAAAAUGCUGACUAAUCAACGAAAGCAUGGCAGUGAUGGCAUCAUAAGAAAUGAAUGCAAUGGGGAGGAUCAGGUUGUUUCGGUUUCUGACGAGGUUGCCGAAGUAAGAAAAUUGCUCCAGAAUGAAACUCAACGAAGAAAGGCAUCUGAAGAGGAAGUCAACAAACUUAAUACUCGGAUGGGUCAAUUGAUGCAGUCUGAGGCAGGUGGAGAUGGAGAGAUAUUAAGAAUUCACCAACUUCUGGAGGUCGAAACUCAGAAGAAGAAAAAGCUGGAGGAAGAAGUUAUGAUUUUAAAAAGUCAGUUAUUACAGCUGAGUUAUGAAGCUGAUCAGUCAAGAAGGUAUAUGGAGAGAGUUGGAUCGGGGAAUGGUCUCAAUGGAACGGAUUCUCCAUCAGUAAAUAACGGAGAGAAAGCACCAAAUAGCAGGCAUACGACAUCUAAUUGUUCUUCCAAAUUUGAUUUGGCAGUUGGGCUGCAUCAGAUAUUGUCCUAUCUGGAGUCAGAGGAUGCUAACGUUCAAAUUCAUGCAGUAAAAGUGUUGGCCAAUUUAGCUGCUGAAGAAGCGAAUCAGGAGAAGAUAGUUGAAGCCGGUGGUCUUACCUCCUUGUUGAUGCUUCUUAGAAAAUUUGAGGAUGAAACCGUUCGCAGAGUGGCUGCCGGUGCAAUUGCCAAUCUUGCGAUGAACGGCAAGUCCUCUCAAACUAAUCAAGAGCUCAUUAUGACUCAAGGAGGUAUCACUUUGCUAACCAUGACAGCAGCUGAUGCUGAGGAUCCGCAAACUCUUCGUAUGGUUGCUGGCGCUAUUGCAAAUCUCUGUGGCAAUGAUAAGUUGCAAAUGAAGCUGAAGUCUGAAGGAGGGAUAAAGGCCCUGUUAGGAAUGGUGAGAUGUGGGCAUGCUGAUGUUCUCUCACAAGUUGCAAGAGGCAUAGCUAACUUUGCAAAAUGUGAAUCCCGUGCAGCUACUCAAGGAACGAAGAAUGGAAGAUCACUUCUCAUAGACGACGGAGCGCUUCCUUGGAUUGUACAGAAUGCCAAUAAUGAAGCAGCUCCAAUCAGACGCCAUAUCGAACUUGCACUAUGUCACCUUGCACAACACGAGGUGAAUGCGAAGGAGAUGAUCAGUGGAGGAGCAUUAUGGGAGCUAGUACGCAUUUCGCACGACUGUUCCAGGGAGGACAUAAGAAGUCUUGCGAGACGGACGUUGAACUCGAGCCCCACAUUUCGAUCGGAGAUGCGGCGGCUGAGGAUAGACUAAGGAUCCAGACACCAUACGCCGAGCUGGUAACUUUAUUAAAUGAGAUGGAAAACAGUUUUGUAGGUUGGAGAGUCGGAACUUGUGAUGUCUGUUUGUACUGUUGGGACUCACUCCGUCCUAUUGUUUUCCUUCUGGGUAGUCGGUAAAUUGAUUAUUUGGUAUAGCAAUGAAAAUCUGUAAGUCCACUUAUUUAUUUAUAGACAGUAAAAAUGUGAUAGUCUACACUAAUCGAUCAAAGAGUCUUUUUAUCAAGAAAGAAUUGACUUUUAGUCAAUUCGGGUGAGU